AUACUAAAUCUUUAAUUCUUCAAAAUUCUCUUGAACUGGUGGAUACCCCAGUAUUAAUCUCAAAUUUUUCAAAUUCUCUUAGACCAAUGGAUGCUGUUACCGUUAUAUUUGACUUUGCCGGUCUUUGUAAAUGCCUUUCAACAAUAGAUCUCUUGGCUCUCGCAUUGAUGAAGAAUGCAGCUAAAUACGAAGG